UUCACAAAGGAGGUACUGAUUCACCGGAAAUUGACAUGUCAAAAUGAAAGUAAAACUUUUUUCAUGCAAAGAACAUAAAGCACCUUUGGUUGGUAAAGAAAAUUAGAAUGGAAGGCAAAGAUGACUUAACAGAUGAAGAAGACAAUGUACUAUCUUUAUUAGAGUACAUGCCAGCAGGAGUGUUAUUAGAAAUAUUUAAAUUUCUAGACUGGAAUGACAUUUGUCAAGUAUCCUCCACUUGUACAAAAUUCAGAGAAGUUUGCUCCUCAGCAACACUAUGGUUAGGUUUACAAGUGUUAGACUUCAGAAACUGUGCUGUUCCAGAUGCUGAAAAAAUAAUACAAAUUUUACACAAAACUCCAAAUGCAGUUCAUGUAAUUCUUGGAGAUAUUCUCAGUGAGGAUGAUUCUGACAACAUCAGGAUGGCAAAUAAUAUGGGGUAUGCUGGUUCUAUCAAUGAACUGGUCUCUUUCCAGUCACGUCUCACACAACUUGUUAUAGACAGUUUGUUAGGGCAAAAGGUUGUUAUUAGCAACAUACAGAUCUUGGUUCAAUCUUGUCCUUACCUUACACAUCUAGAUCUCACAGCCAGUCAAUAUCUCAACAGUUUCUCCUUUGAUGUAAAUCAGGGGCAAAGAAGUGCGUUAGAUAAUCUCAAAGUUGUAAUACUCAAAUUCUGCAAAGACUUGCAGGUGGUCAGUCUUCCAUAUUGUCCAAAUCUGCAACAACUUGACACCUCUCAUUGUGUUAGCUUGAAUGAAAUUACAGCAACAACUCCUAAAUUGUGUAAGUUAGAUACAGUAGGCUGUGAAGAAAUAACUAAGAUAGAUCUUACAAGCUCUGAUUUGUGUGAGUUAUGUUGUGAAGGAAUGAAACAGCUAGAUAUAUUACAUAUUGGAUCAGACCAGCUCACCUCACUGAAUCUCUCAUGUUGCUCAAGACUUUCAGCCAACAACUUACUUGAUGCAAUUACAAACAAAGAUUUAUUGUUGUCCCUUAAUAUUUGUGGCUGUAAAAACAUCAGCCCCGAUGAUGUCAACUCUAUUAUAUUACCACAGUUGACUGGUCUUAAAACAUUGAAGUAUGGUGGGCAUUCAUGGACAAAUGUAGCAAUAUCUUCAAAUAUAAUCUCACAGCUAGAAUUUUCGACUUGUAUCAACACAACAAAUAUUUUGUUGACAUCUCAGUCCAUACAGCAUGUGACAAUAAAGGAUUGUAGAGAUUUCUCUGAACAGGAACUCAUGGACAGCUUCCUCCAUGGAAAACUGGUGACAAGAAUGCAGGGGUUAGAGAGUUUGGUAUCAGAUCAUAAAGAACAACCAUUUUUUCAGGACUCGGGUAUUCCAAAUCUUUGUACAUUGAAAUGUCACAGUCUUCCAGGUCUCCAUGGUGAUAUUCUAUCACAUGAUCUACGUUACUUCCAAUAUCUCUCUAAUGUUGAGUUUAUACACUGUACAUUCCUCACACAUAUGUUUGUAAAUGGAUGGCCUAGUUUGACAUCAUUGAAGAUUGAGAGUUGUAACAGACUGACUGCUAUCACUGUACAAAAUGUUCCUACACUACAACAACUUCAUGUCAGGUGGUGUGGUAUGGUACAGAAUUUCAGAUUAACAGGUGAAAAUGUAACCUUCUUGGAUGUUAUAGGAACAAAUUUUGCUCAACUUGAUAUACAUUGUGAUCAAUUAGAUAGUCUUAAACUUAAUGGUGUUUGUACUCAACCAAAACAUACAGUAUCACUAAGAUGUGUGAGACUACGAGAGUUGACGAUAACAAAAUGUGAUAGAAUGACUGAUGUGACAGUUACUGAGAUUAUUCAAAACAAUCCCCAACUACAUUCAUUGUCAUUGAUAGGAUCAUUAUCUCUCAGGUGUCUAUUAUUACCAAGCUGUAUAAAAACAUGCAGUUUGACAGGUCAUAGAACACUGAAAGAAAUAAAACUACAGUCACCAAUUUGUGUCCACCAUCUUACCCUCAACAAUCUACCAAAGUUAACACCAGAGAAGAGGGAGUUGAUAUUACAGCAGUGUGUAGAGUCAUUGAGAAUACUGGAAGUUCGUGCUAUACCUGGAGAAACGUUCCUUCGUCUACAACUACAAAAUCUGACUUCACUCACACUAGAUCAGGGCAUACAUCUAGCUUCUUUAGAGAUUUUAUGUUCAAAGUUGAGGUAUCUCAGGAUACAGGGAUGUCCAAAGCUGUGUUCACUGACAUUACAUGUUGAGAGUCUGACACAAGUACAAGUGUACCACAGUUCUCCACUGCUUGCACUAAAAUGUUUAUCAUUACAUAGUAAACAAGUACAACACUUGGCUCGAGUCCUGGCUUAUUAUUGUCCCAAGUUAGAAGAAUUAUCUUUACAUGGAAGUAUGAUAAAAGGAGAUCAGCUAUAUUCACUUGGUCAGUGUUUACACAGUCUUCAUACAGUGACACUAUAUCAAUGUAAUGUUGGAGAACUUGACAGACAGGGACAAUGUCUAAUGAUCGACAGCUCUGUAAUUGACAGAUAUAAUGGAAAACAUCUAAUGGUGCAAUUUAUAGACUGUUAGCUGGUCAUAAAUCAGAGACUGCCUGUGAUAAAAUAAAACAUUGAAAAGAUAGCUUUCACAUUUAUGCAACGAUUUUAAGCUUGUCUGUUUCAAAGAAAAGUCAAGCUAUAAUGAUCGCUGCAUGGUUGUUACAAUUAUUAUGCAAAAAAUUUAAUGUAGCCCAUUAUUCAAAGAUUUUAAGUUAUCAAUAUGAAACUUAGAGUACUUUUUUAUCAUGACGAGGUGCAGUUGUUAGACAAGGGGCAUAUUUCUGAAAGCAAUAUUUUUGGAAUAAUGCCCCUUUUAAAGUAGAAUUUUAACAGACGAGUGUUCACACUGCAUGCGGUGCUCUUGUUAAUAUUUUUGUUUGUGCUAGAAUAACAAUAUAAAUGAGAAGUAUCAAAUGAGUUGACUCUUAU